UUUAAGAGGUGACUCAUGACAUCAUCCACAGUGGCAUCCGGCAUAAGGCGGGAUACAGGAACAACAGGACAACAGGAACUUGCAAGUAUUCUAACGAUGGAGGAUCCAAGACGAUUGGUGGAUCAAGACACCUUGACGAUUCCAUUGGCUGACUUGGUGAACGGAUCACUUCCACAGGAACAUCCAUUACCUCGACAAGAUGUGAACUCUAUCCAUAUUAUUGGUGUACGUUUGGAAGGUGACACAGUAGAGGCCAUGAAUGGAGUACCAAGCGUUCUAAUUGAUAAGGACCAAGUAUUUCGCGUCUUUGGUAGCGGUUUACAAAAAAAUACUGUAAUUACUUUUACCAAUGAAGAAAACGAUUACGGUGGAUCGUGCUUAAAGCCAGCAACCGACCUGUUUUUUCCAUUAGAAGUUUCGAGUAAUGGCUAUUCAGCGACAUAUUCUGUAAAAUUUCCUUCUUCUAAAAAUGUAUUUUACGUUUGCGCAAAAAAUUCGGAGGAAAAAAGUACUCACAGCUCUGCUAAAACUACGGCUCCUUUUGCUCAUCAAGGAAAUUCAGAGUGGAUGAAAAUUAAAACUCAUGAACCAUUAUUACCAGUGUGGAUUGCAAUAAUUAUAAUUGUAACGUGUCUUUGCUUCUCUGCUUUAUUUUCUGGUCUUAACUUGGGCUUAAUGGCUAUGGACCGCACAGAAUUAAAGAUACUACGAAACACUGGUACCGAAAAAGAAAAGAAAUAUGCGUCAAAAAUUGCACCUGUUCGAGAUCAAGGUAAUUAUCUCUUGUGCAGUAUUCUCUUGGGUAAUGUGUUGGUUAACUCAACCUUUACCAUUCUACUGGAUGGCUUGACCUCUGGACUUUUUGCUGUUAUAUUUUCAACUUUGGCUAUUGUCCUUUUUGGGGAAAUUACACCACAGGCUGUUUGUUCAAGGCAUGGCUUGGCUAUUGGGGCAAAAACCAUAUUAAUAACAAAAACUGUAAUGGCUAUAACAGCACCUCUGUCAUACCCUAUUUCUCGUAUUCUCGAUAAGUUAUUAGGUGAAGAAAUUGGCAAUGUUUAUAACAGAGAACGUUUAAAAGAACUUGUUAGAGUUACCAACGAUGUAAAUGAUCUUGAUAAAAACGAGGUCAACAUCAUAUCUGGAGCUCUGGAAUCGAAAAAAACCGUCGCAGACGUAAUGACUCAUAUAAAUGAUGCUUUCAUGCUUUCGUUAGAUGCAAUUCUAGACUUUGAAACUGUAUCUGAUAUUAUGAAUUCUGGGUAUUCCCGUAUUCCCGUCUUUGAUGGGGAUCGAAAAAAUAUUGUUACGUUACUUUACAUAAAAGAUUUGGCUUUUGUUGAUACAGAUGAUAACACUCCACUGAAAACUCUUUGUGAAUUUUAUCAGAAUCCAGUGCACUUUGUUUUUGAAGAUUACACAUUAGAUAUUAUGUUUAAUCAAUUCAAAGAAGGAACUAUAGGACAUAUAGCUUUUGUCCAUCGCGUUAAUAAUGAAGGAGAUGGUGAUCCGUUUUAUGAAACUGUCGGUUUAGUGACUUUAGAAGAUGUAAUCGAAGAAUUAAUUCAAGCGGAAAUCGUUGAUGAAACUGAUGUUUUUGUUGAUAAUCGUACAAAAACCAGACGCAAUCGUUACAAAAAAGCAGAUUUUUCAGCGUUUGCUGAACGUCGUGAAGUGCAAGCAGUACGAAUAUCACCACAAUUGACAUUGGCUACAUUUCAAUAUUUAAGCACUGCUGUGGAUGCGUUUAAAAAAGAUGUAAUUUCGGAGCCCAUCUUAAGAAGACUUCUCAAUCAAGACGUUUUUCACAAUAUUAAAACGAAGGGAAAAAGUAAAGAAGAUCAAAGUCUUUUUAUUUUCACGCAGGGAAAAGCUGUUGAUUUCUUUGUACUUAUUUUGGAGGGUCGAGUGGAGGUCACAAUUGGAAAGGAGGCGUUAAUGUUUGAAAGUGGCCCUUUUACUUAUUUUGGAACCCAAGCUUUGGUUCCAAAUGUAGUCAUUGAUUCUCCAACUCAAUUGGGAUCUUUGCAGUCACUAAACAUGGAUUCAAAAAUCCGACAAUCCUUCGUACCUGAUUACUCAGUUCGUGCUAUAUCAGAUGUUAUAUACAUUGCUAUUAAACGGGUUUUGUAUCUUACGGCCAAAAAGGCAACUUUAUUAGAGAAGAGUCGUAAGUCUGGGACAUUUUCAAGUGAAACAUUCGACGAUGAAGUUGAACGACUAUUGCAUUCAAUAACGGAAGAUGAAAAACCCCGAUUUGUAACAGGGUCUCAAAGCAUAAGGCGACAAUCAAAGUCAAACAGAAGCAUUACCCCCUCUCCGACAAAUUUAUCCCAUGAAGAGAAAAGUGCGCCCCACCGAAAAACAUUUAACUCUGAGCAAACCGAUAAUGCUUCAAUAAGCAGCUUAGUUGUUUCAGAUCUGACAGCUGAUCAAAAUGGAGAACAUGACGAAAGAGACACCACUGCUGCGUUGACACCACUACUGCAUAAAUUAGAAGAUGGCACAGAAAAUAAACUUUAAAAAGUUUAAGACGCUUGUUAAAGAUAUAUAAAUUUCCUGAGUUCAGUUUAGGUAGCUGUUAGCUUCCUAAAUAUCUUGUUUGAUUUCCACGAAUGUAGUUUACUGAAUUUAACAGAAUUUUUAUAUUUUCUGAGUAAUUGGCUUUUUCAUCCUUCCAAAUAUGGCUAACUUGAACUAAUGGCUAACAUAUACCCAACAAGAAAAAUAUAUUGUAAAUCAUGUAAAAAGAAACAUAUUUUACCUUUCUUUACAAAAAGUGAUUUUUCGAAAUGAGUACUUAAUAAAAUGUUUUUUUUCUUACGGCUUUAAGUUUCCAAAUCCUUUGAAAGCAUUAUAAUAACUGGUUGAAGCCGGAGCCUACCUUUUCAAAUGUAAACUUGUGAGUUUAACGUCAUCCAAAAACUUAACUAUUUACAUAAGUAAAAGCGAAUAUAAAGCUGUUGGUAUAUUUAGCUAUGAAUGAAAAAUCUUGAUGUGAAAAUUUUUGUUUUUGUAAGCUAAUUGUAGAUGAAUUGUUAGAAAAUGUCAAUUUUACAAAAAUAUGUAUUCGCCCCUGCGGAAUCAAAGGGUUCGUUAAAAAGAAAAUUAUAAAAUUAAUUUGUUAUUUGUAAACCGAGAGCUUGAGUAAAUAAUUUAAAACAUAUUUUCUUUAUCAAAAAAUCUAAAAAUGAGAGAUUUGCAUUUGUUAAAACUAAAACCAUUUAUUUUAAAAUAAAAAAAUUACUGCAUA